AUGUCUUCAAGAAAAUCUGGAAUAUUUCGUAUAUGGAAACUUUAUUCAUCACAUGAAAAACGAAAUAUUAUUAUUUAUAUUGUCGGUAUAAUGCUUUAUAAAUUUGGUUUAGAAGCUUUUAAUGGAUCUAUUGUUACACUUGCAGCAAAUCGUUAUGAUCAAGAAGCAUUUCAUAGUAAUACAACUGUACGUACAUUUGAAAAAAUUGGUUUAUUAUCUGGUCUUAAUCAAGCAUCUCAAUGUAUUGGUUCAAUUCUUGUUGCACCACUUGCAAAACGGUGGCCAACACGUACAGUUCUAUCAAUAUCAAUAUUUGUUUUUGGAAUAUUUAGUGCUGUACUUAUGAUUGUUGAUGCUGCAACUGGUGGUUAUAUAAAACCGAAAGAUUAUGUUCAAACAGAUGAACAUGAUUAUAGAUAUUAUGGAAAAUAUAAUACAGAUGGAAUUAUACCUAUUUAUUGUAUUACUGGUAUAGCUUUUGGUAUGGUUGAAUUAAUUCGACGAGUUAUACCAAGAGAUAUUGUUGGUGAUAAUCCGGAAAAAUUACAAAAAAUGGAUGCACUUGUUCAUAUUUUUUAUGAAAUAGCAGGUGUUAGUGGAGCAUUUGCAACUGCUCUUGGUUUAAUACCACGUCUUGGAAAUAAUUAUUCAUUUAUUAUUACACCAAUAUUAUUUACAGUAGCUGCUAUUGUUUGGUUAUUUAUUAAUUCACUGGGAUUAACAACAGAUACGGACACAAAUGAUGAUCAAAAUGAAAAAUCCGGAUAUAUAAAAUCAUUAAUAAAAGGUAUAGCUGUCUUUUUUCAAUCAUUUUGUAUUGGAGCAAAAAUAAUUGUUACACAUCGAAAAUUCGUCUGGUUAUGGGGUUGUUAUGCAUUAACACUUUAUGCACAUCGUUAUCUUGAAAAUGGUAUAGCACCACAAAUAGCUAAACGUUAUCUUGAACAAUCUGAAUGGUCACAAAUUAUUGUUGGUGCUUCAAAUUUCGGUGAAUUACUCGGUGCAUUAUUUGUAUUUAUUUUUGGUAAUUAUAUUAAAACUCCUCUUCCAUGGUCAAGAUUAGAUGCAUCUAUAUUACUUCUUGUUUGGUAUAUACCAUUCUAUUAUCCACCUGCUAAUAAUGUUAGAUAUGCAUGGAUUAUUGCUGCAACAUAUAUUCCGAUUGGAUUUGGAUCAGCUGCAGAUGAUAUUGCAUUAAAUUCAUUUAUUCAAUCAUCAUUAAGUGGUUUAGAAUCGAAACAUAAAAAUAUAUCAGCGUUAGGCGCAGUUGCAUCGUUUCUUUAUUCAUCUUAUAUUAUUAUUUAUGCAAUUUUAAAUCCACUUCUUGGAAUUUAUAUAGAUCAUGUUUAUAAUUCAACAGGUACUGUACGACCUGCAUUUUUUAAUACUGUUGCGAUACAAAUGACAGUCAUAUGUGGAAUAGUAUUCAUUUCGACAUUGAUACCAAAAGGUGCUAUUGCUUGUAAUCCAAAAUUAUCUCAAGAUGAAAAUGUAGAUAUUAUAGAAAAUCCAACUGUUUUAUCUGAUAGAAAUAGUGAUCAUGAACAAGUUAUUAAGAGAAACAAUCAAGUAGAUACAGGAUCAGAAUUAGUGACAUAUUUCUAA